AGUCGAUUUUAUUUAGAGGCGGCGCCAGGGCGGCCACGGAGAAACGUGACACACCAGCCCGCUCGGAGGAGUUUCGGACAGAAGAGAAGGAGCAGCGCCGCGUCGUCCGCCUCCCAGCGCGCCGCGGGCACUUCUCCCGGGCCUCGCCGAACUCUCCCGCGACCUCUGCGCGCCCUCGGGCCGCCCUCCCCGCCGGGCUCCGGACAACUUCAGGGGUGGGGUGCAAAGAAAGUUUGCGGCUGCUGCCGCCGGCCUCCCGCCUCUCGGCCUAGGAGGCUCGCCGCCCGCACCCGCUCGCUCGGCCUUGCCAGGGACCGCGUCCUGCCCAGAGCCCGCCACCAUGAACAAGCUUUACAUCGGCAACCUCAACGAGAGCGUGACCCCCGCGGACUUGGAGAAAGUGUUUGCGGAGCAUAAGAUCUCCUACAGCGGCCAGUUCUUGGUCAAAUCCGGCUAUGCCUUCGUGGACUGCCCCGACGAGCACUGGGCGAUGAAGGCCAUCGAAACUUUCUCGGGCAAAGUGGAACUCCAAGGAAAACGCCUAGAGAUUGAACACUCGGUCCCCAAAAAACAAAGGAGUCGGAAAAUUCAGAUCCGAAAUAUUCCACCCCAGCUCCGAUGGGAAGUUCUGGACAGCCUCCUGGCUCAGUAUGGUACAGUAGAGAACUGCGAGCAAGUGAACACCGAGAGUGAGACGGCAGUGGUGAAUGUCACCUAUUCCAACCGGGAACAGACCAGGCAAGCCAUCAUGAAGCUGAACGGCCACCAGCUAGAGAACCACGCCUUGAAGGUCUCCUACAUUCCUGAUGAGCAGAUAGCACAGGGUCCUGAGAAUGGGCGCCGAGGAGGCUUUGGCUCUCGAGGUCAGCCCCGCCAGGGCUCUCCUGUGGCAGCGGGAGCCCCAGCCAAGCAGCAGCAAGUGGACAUACCCUUGCGGCUCCUGGUGCCCACCCAGUAUGUGGGUGCCAUCAUUGGCAAGGAGGGCGCCACCAUCCGCAAUAUCACAAAACAGACCCAGUCCAAGAUAGACGUGCACAGGAAGGAGAAUGCAGGUGCUGCGGAGAAGGCCAUCAGCGUUCACUCGACUCCCGAGGGCUGCUCCUCCGCCUGUAAGAUGAUCUUGGAGAUUAUGCAUAAGGAGGCAAAGGACACCAAAACGGCUGACGAGGUUCCCCUGAAGAUCCUGGCCCAUAAUAACUUCGUGGGGCGGCUCAUUGGCAAGGAAGGGCGCAACCUGAAGAAGGUGGAGCAGGACACGGAGACGAAAAUCACCAUCUCCUCGCUGCAGGACCUCACCCUCUAUAACCCCGAGAGGACCAUCACUGUGAAGGGGGCCAUCGAGAACUGCUGCAGGGCCGAGCAGGAGAUCAUGAAGAAAGUUCGGGAGGCCUAUGAGAAUGACGUGGCUGCCAUGAGUCUGCAGUCUCAUCUCAUCCCCGGCCUGAACUUGGCUGCGGUAGGUCUCUUCCCAGCCUCAUCUAGUGCAGUCCCGCCACCUCCCAGCAGCGUCACCGGAGCUGCUCCCUACAGCUCCUUCAUGCAGGCUCCGGAGCAGGAGAUGGUGCAGGUCUUUAUUCCUGCCCAGGCGGUGGGCGCCAUCAUUGGCAAGAAGGGGCAGCACAUCAAACAGCUCUCCCGUUUCGCCAGCGCCUCCAUCAAGAUUGCUCCUCCCGAAACUCCCGACUCCAAAGUUCGUAUGGUCAUCAUCACUGGACCCCCAGAAGCCCAAUUCAAGGCUCAGGGAAGAAUUUACGGAAAACUCAAGGAGGAGAACUUCUUUGGUCCCAAGGAGGAGGUAAAGCUGGAGACCCACAUCCGUGUGCCAGCAUCAGCAGCCGGCCGGGUCAUUGGCAAAGGUGGCAAAACGGUGAAUGAGUUGCAGAAUUUGACAGCAGCUGAGGUGGUGGUGCCAAGAGACCAGACCCCUGAUGAGAACGACCAGGUCAUCGUCAAGAUCAUUGGGCAUUUCUAUGCCAGCCAGAUGGCUCAGCGGAAAAUCCGAGACAUCCUGGCCCAAGUUAAACAGCUGCACCAAAAGGGACAAAGUAACCAGGCCCAGGCGCGGAGGAAGUGACCAGCCCCUUUCCAUCACGUCGACUCAAGGACCACGGGCUGAAGUCGAGAGCGCGUUCUCCCCAGCAGGCCUGAGAAUGAGUGGGAAUCAGGGACCCUCGGGCUGGGAUGGAGAUCAGGUUUGCCCACUUGCUUGAGAAAGAUGUUCCAGUGAGGAACCCUGAUCUCUUGGCCCCAAACACCAAACCAAUUGGCCCAAGACUGCCCACCCCUCAGGGUGUCACCAUGGAAGUUCUAGCACAGGGUGCUUUUAAACGUGGAUUGUUUAAGUUCUCCAGGUCCCACCGAGAGGGUGGGUCAGACCCCAGUGGGAAGAGAAAUAAAAUUUCCUUCAGGUUUUUAAAACGUGCAGAGGGGUGUUUUAGUCAGCCUCAAAGGAUGGUUUGCUUCUUGACCCUAAAAUCCUUCCAGCCUUCUAUGACUUGGUUUAUUGAUUAAAAUACCUCUAUUCUUGUGUCCUGACAUAGCCUCUUCCUAUAUUCACACUAAUUAUUUUAUCUUUACUGCUACCAGAAAAGGUGGGAACCAAUGCAUUGCUUUGCUUACAUUAUUGACUCAAAGGGAGAAGACACAUCUGCAUCUGUAGUUUAAUUCCAUUUCCUCCCUAACCAAACAAUAGGAACAGCAAGGAGGGAAGAAUGGGAGAGAAUGGGGAGAAAGAUGAUUAAAUAUAUAGUAAUCCACGUUUAAAAGGAGUGCCCUUGUGGCUGAUCUAUUCCAGAUCACCAUGAUGAAAAAUUGGAACAAUUAAAAUUUCCCCCACCCUACUGGGGCCUCCCCACCCCACUCAUGUCCCUCUAACCGUAUAGGUCCCAUAUCAUGUCCAGGUGCACGUGGGUGGUACUGAAUGCUCAGCGGGAUAGGGGCCAACCACUGUUCUGUCCCUGAUUCCCACCAUUCUCAGGCAGAUUUUAUAUUUUUUUAAAGUCUAUUUUAAUGAUUGGAUAUGAGCACUGGGAAGGGGACACUAACUCCCCUUGAUAAAGUCUCAGUUCCAUGGAGGACUUGAGUGGCCCCAAAGGCUGCCACUGUGCCCUCACCCCAGCCCAUGUGCUCUCAUAAGGGCUGGUUCCCAGAGGUAGGGGUUGCGGGGCACUCCCCCCCACGGCACUGUUCCCUUGGUGGUGGUGGGAUGUGGAACCCAACCCUGAGCUCCCGAUAAAGCUAAAAUCCAUCAUCUGGCAUAUAUUAUGAAUAGUCAGUAAAUUGGAGAGUAUUUGCUUCUGUUUUUAUCCUAGAGGCAUAUGUAACUGAUGGCUCCUGCCUCCGUGAAUCAUUGGCAUGAUGAAAGAUGUGCCUAAAAAAUAAAAUUCAAAAUACCAGCAGCCUUAUGCACAAAGGGGUAAAUAAGCUUAAUUUAUUAAUUUACCAGGCUCAAUAAGAUCCCGUUUGCAGUCCAGCCCUUGUGGAAGACAGCAGCCAUCAGUUAAAUGAGGUUAGGCCUCCCCUCCUAAUAUACUGAUUGUCAAUGCAUAUUAGCCAGGUGGUGCAGUUUAGCUGCCUUGGACAAUGCUAUCAAGUGUGCUGGGAAGGGAGGAAGGCUUCUCUGCAUGUGGAAAAGCCCAUGCGUGGAGUCCUCUCCUUCCGACAUUGCAACAACAGUGACAACAAGACAACCGUGAUAUGUGGGCGGAGUCAGUCAGGUAAUGCUGUGCGCGAAGUAAACUACCUCAAGGUAUGGAGUUACCUCAGCAAUUACUUUCCUUUUUGUUCCCCCCACCUCUUUUUUUUUUUUUAAUCUUUUUUUCUUUGCGGCUUGCUGAUAUUUUAUAUAAAAAAGAAAAGCAAAGCAAAAGAGAAGCUGAUAGUCUUGAAUAUUUUAUUUUUUUAAUGAAAAGAAAAAAAUGAGAAAGUUAUGUUUCAUAAUUUCUUACAACAUGAGCCAGUGUAACCCUUUAGGAACUCUCUAUGGAGAACAGGCCCUGUGGGAAAAGCGGCGGGGGCUGGCUCCUUGGGAGGACACUGGGGCUGGGAGGGAGGCCCAAGUUGGAGAGAGCCCAGGGGUAGUGAGGCUCUGCUCUCUGACUUCCAGAUUCCUAAGCCGCUGGCCUCUCCUGGAUAGUCCUGCCUGAUGGGAUUCAGAGGCCACGCAGAGCUGUGGGCCCCCGAUGACAAAACACCAGUCUCCAACAACCGGCCGUGGUCCCCUCUCUCCCCCUUUGGUUGAAGGGCACCCCAGCCGGAUUUUCCCACCAGUGGUGCUGUUGAGAUAUUUAAAAAUAUUGCCUCCGUUUUAUCGAGGAGAGAAAUAAUAACUAAAAAAAAAUACCCUUUUAAAAAAAGUCUAUACUUCUCUGUCUAAAAAUAUGGGAGCCAAGAUUCUGUUGGUGGAAGAGACACAGCCACCCUCUCACCCUCAGAGAGGUCCACCCGGUUUGUCAUUGCAAUGCUUUUCAUUUGUUGUUGUUGCUGUUUCAUUUCAGUCCCAUCUUGCUGUUCUUCUUGGUCUGUAUCAAUAGACCAGGGGCAAAUGGGUACACAGAUAACUGCCCCUUUCAUCUCCCUCUGUUGUUUAGAUUGAUCUGAUUGAUUCUAAGAGUGGACCCAAACUUAGGGAAUUCUUGAUUUAGGGUGGUGGGUGGCAAGGAGGGGCAGGGGAUACAGGAACGUGAUCGGGGACAGGUUCCUGCCUCGUUCAUGUCUUACCGCUUUCUCGCCGUGACGUUCCUUGAUAGCCCCCAGAACUGUCUACCCAGGAGAGAGGAGGAAGCAGGAAAGCAUUUGGGGGUCAUAUCAGGCCAGUAUAAUGAAGCUUCCCACCUGUUCUAACCACAAAAAAGGGUCUCCCAACUCCCAUCUCUGGCUCUAUAUGCUUUAUCCCAAAAUGAAGCAGGUGACAUUCAGACAUCGGCCGUUUAGUGAUUAAAGGCGAAUUUCCAGCAGCAAGCAUGCUUUGAUAUCUGGUUCAAACUACCAUCAGAAAAGAAAAAAAUAUCCCACAGUACCUGAAAUGUGAUUGUUGCAGUGUUCAGUUUCCUCGGGAUCGUGCUCCCUUCACACCUUAAGCCCACAUCCUUUUCCUUUGGCGGAUUCAGCUCCCAGUAGAGACCAGGAAGUGUGGCGAGGGCCAGUCAGACUUGGGUUAGGCAUAGCUCCUCUCAUUGCUGAUACUUGCCCAGCAGGAAAAUUGUGAAAGUUACACUAUCAGAAAGCAAGAGGAAUAUGGUGUGGUGGGUAAAGUUUAGCAGGAUAAAGGGCCUGUCUUGGUAGAUAUGCCUUUGGCCCCUAGGCUGGGUCUUGGGGCAGUGCCCUGCCCUCCUGCCCAUCACCUCCAUUUCCCCAUCCUUGGCGAGAUAACAAGCUAACUGAAAAGCACUUGGGAGAUUUGGAUGAUCUGAGAAAAGCGACUUUUAAAAAAUCACUUCUGUGCUCUAAGAUAUAUAUGUGUGUGUGUGCUACAUAUAUAUUUUUAAGAAAGGACCAUCUCUUUAGGAUAUAUUUUUGAAUUCUGUGGAACACAUGAAAAACCAAAAUGGUUUGACUCACUGACUUUGAAGCUGCAUCUGACAGUUACACCCCAAUGGCUUUAUCCCCUCUGGGUCUGGUUGCCUUUUGUAGUUUGGGCUGUGGACUCGGCUCCUAGGAGGGGUCUGGGUAGGAGAGAGCCAGGUUUAGGGACAGGGAGUUGUGUCACCUUCUGCCCCUUCCUCUCUUCCUCCCAGUCCUUCUCGGUCUUUUCCUUUCCCUUGAGCUCUCCACUUCUGGGGCAGUUGGGAGCUAUUCGCUUAGUUAUGCCUCACUAUUGGCAGAAAAGACCCUACGUAAAACCCAGAGAACACUGGAGGGAACACUCCAGUUGGUUCUAUGUGUCCGUUUUCCUCUGUGCCAAAGACAGACAGAGGCUGAGAAGAGGCCAUUUCUGAAUCAAGCAAUAGCCAUCUUUCGACAUAUACCUGGGCUAUCUGAGAGGGGAAGGGCUCCUGGAAACAUUGUGAGCUAAAGACAUGUCCCUUCCCUUCUGAGGCUCCUGGGGGUCAUGGGGGUGGUAUGUGCCAAGGGGUAGGGAGCUGAGAAGGGGGUCCGGUGGCUUCUGGUUGCACUUUGGGGAAGGAGGGGAGGUUUGGGGCUCCUCCACGUGGGACUGCUCUCUGUCCCCUGCCCCCACUGCAGAGACAGCACGGAGGGUUCCUUUCAGGCCUGGCAGACUGGCUUUGAGGAGGGGCCUCAGUUAGCUCUCAAGGGUGCCUUCCCCUCCUCCCACCCCAGACACACCCUCUGCCAAACUGGGAACCAGCAGUGCUAUGUAACUACCUCACAGAGCCGCAGAGGGACCGCCUGGGCUUCCCGAGUCACAAAGAAGCUGGCGCCUCUAGUCCGCCCUUUCCUCCCAUCUCUCAUCCAGGGCUGGGAGGUCUCCUCCUUUCUUUACCCUGAAGUGGUUAUGGGGAGGUCCUAGUGGCUUUGACAUUCAAACCAUGCAACUGUUUCGCCUGUUUGUUGAAAAUUGGUAGAAGGGAAACAGCACAAUCUGACACAGUAAUUGUAGGAAGAUGGAAGAAAAAUCCUCAGUGCCAGGGGACAUAAAGCCAUUUCCCUUCCAAACGCUCGAUGAUUUAGAUGCAGAACAUUUCUCUUGUAUUCAGACUUAGAGCACCACCAGCUGAAAACUUCAGUUUCUUUCCUUUGGAUACAUAAGGCUUCUCUUUCGUGGUGCAGGACAGGGAGGAGGCCUCAUGACCGAAGGUGGAUUUUGAGGGUGAGGGCCAGAGCCCCAACCCUGACCCUCGGCCCUGUGCACCUCCUGGGGGGCACAAUCUGAUGGCACCACUACUGGUGUCUUAGUGUGGUUGAAUCUGGACUGACAAGACAAAAGAAAAAGAAUUUUUUUUUUUCUUAAAUGAAACAGCAGGAAGCUCUUUGGGAGCAUGUGUUUUGAGUAACCACAGGUGAUGGAUGCUACGAGUAUAAAUGGAUUAACUACCUCAAUCCUUACAAUAAGAUUGGAACCAAGGGCAGGGACUCGUGCUUAAGGAUGUGAAUCCCAGCCAGGAGGAGUGAGUUGAGGCUUGUGCCACGAAAGGUUUAUCCUUGAACAGGCAGGCCUGCCUGGAUCCCCCACUCAGAUGGAUUGGGUGGGGAGGGCUGGCCAUUAGGUCCCCCCAUUCUGCCUUCCUUGCCCUGGGGUCCCUCCAGCUUUCCCUUCUCACCUGCGAUACCUUUGUUAGACCAGAGGGGGAGGAGAGGAAUUGCCUCCUCUCUUCUGCCAGAGGGGGCUGGCUGGAGGUGGAAUCGGGGGCUUGGCCUAGAACCCACCACUCAGCCCCAAAGACAGGAAGCCUGGGGAAGCAGACCUAAGACCUCUUCAACAGGGUUUCUUUGAGAUGCUCCACCUCCACUGUACCCGCUUCUCAGUCUUCACAGGGACAGUGGGCUCUAGAAGGAGAAAAGGUGGAGCCGGAUCCUGUGUCCUGAGAGUCCAAGGCCCGGCCCUCUGGUCCUCUGGUCGCUCAGGCGUCUUUGUAGUCGGGGAGCUCCACUGGGCCGUCCCAGCCCCUCCCCACCCUCUAAUGGACCUCCUCAUAGAAGCCCCAUUUCACUUUUGUUUUAUCUACCUCUUAGCAAGACAAUAGAGAUAAAUUAGGUAGUGGCAACUCCACUUGCUUAGGUUAGGGGGGGAAAAAGAUUUCUUUUUCCAAAGGAAAAAAAAUAUUACCUUAAAAAUACUUUCCAAAAAACUUAAAAAACCAAAAAAAAAAAAAAAUUAAAAAAAAAAAGAGGGAGACAUUUUCCAGUGACCACUGGAUUAUUUUAAUUCCCCAAACUUUUCUCUUUUUUUCCCCCGUAAAUAAGUUUGACUCUGGCGAUUUUCUCUACUUGUUUAAGAUGAUGUGCUAUUCUAACAGGUACACCUUUCACAGUCUGCCCCCUGGCUUGCCCCACCCCACGCCCCAUUCCUGCCAACGAGUCCUGCCCGAGCUUGUCACCCCACAAAGAACAAAGGCUUUGUGUGUGUUGGAGUGCUUAAGUCUUGACUAACCAUUUCCCCCCCGUGGGGUUGGGGGGGGCCACUUGAACACUUCUGUGCAAAUUUUAUGUAACCCACUGCAAUGUAAAGGUGUUUGAGAUGAAUUUCAGCAGAUAAUGAGUUAGCAUAAUGAAUAAACAUCCUCUACACCGUUUGGACUCUCCCCUUUCUCUAGCAUCUUGAUCCUGGUUCCGGAAACCAAAAUAAGUCAAAAGAGUCCCCUCCCUGAGGCAAAGUGAAUUGGUAUCCAGUCCUGAGACAUCACUUACUCAGGAUAGUGAAAAUGUAUUUUUAUGAAUGCGAAUCAUGGUGGGGGCUGGAGGGGGGAUCCGUGCUGGUGGUGGUGCUACCCUCUUCUAUAAUUGCUGCCACUUUGAACAUUGUACUUUGCUGGAAAUCUGCCAGCCACCACCACUUGAAUUUUGAUUGUACCCUUUCUCCCACCGUUUAAUCUGUUCUUUGCUUUGUUGGGGGAGGUGGGGCAGCUGGCUCAGACUUUUGGAGUUUGUUCUUUUGCUGGAUGAGCACUCCAGUUUUCUUUCCCGUGAAGGUUGUUUCAGCCACAAACCGCUUCAUUCCGCUGUUUCAAUUUCAAAAUAAAAGGAAACUUACAUUGAAA